CAGGUUUCGGAACUUGGUAUUUUAUUUUGAUCAAUUUUAGAUACCGUAUUCAUUAUUCAGUGUUUCAGUAUUUAUUUUAGAGCUUUAUGAAUGACUAGUAGGGCACCCGUGCUUCGCAACGGGAACUAAAAAAGUAUGGAGGCAAAUAUCGAUGAACUUAAAAAAACAAUAGCCGAUAAUAUUCGGACAAUCGAACUUCAAAAUAUGAAUCUAAUGAAUCUAAUGACGGACUACCCUUCAAUUCCCGUCCUUCCAAAUGGGAUGCCAUUCGUGGGGUAUCCUUUUAAUAUGAACUGUCUAUUUCCACCACUGCCAACGCAAGUAUCUGGCUAUCCGGCUGCAAAUCAGUCACUUGGAAGUGCGAUUUCGCGUUCGCCUUAUGCCUUACCACCACCGCCAAACCAUGUAUCUGGCUAUCCGGCUGCAAAUCAGUCACUUGGAAGUGCUAUUCCGCGUUCGACUACAGACUUCAAACCAAAUCAAGCUGUUAAACAAAAUCAAGUACUUUUCAAUUACAAAUUGAAAACACCUGUAGUGCAUUACGUAUGUAAUGAAGAAUUGCGUGCAAUUUGCACAUAUGUUGUAUCGCCUCAUGAGUUCUAUGUUCAACUAGACAAUGAGAACAAUGCCAAAGUAGCUGUGCUGCAGGUAGAACUUGAAAGGUUUUAUUCAAAUUGCAACCCAGUGGAUUGGAGAAUGAACCCAAGAUCAAAGUAUUGCGCCUGCAAAUAUAUUUGGUGUGUGGAUCGUCCCAGCGUGGGUCACCCAGCUCCUCUCACUACCUGGUAUAGAGGUGAAGUCAUCUAUUUGAGAGGCAAAGAAGCAUUUGUAUACCUCGUGGAUUUCGGUGUAAAAGUAUUCAGGAAGAUCGAAGAUUUACGAAAUUUGAAUGAGCACUUUUUUCUCCUCGACAAAAUGGCUAAACUGUGCCAUCUUCAAAACGUACCAAAGAUUGAGGAUAAGAUCGAUUCAGAAGAUGUUGCCAACUACUUGACAUCUCUUCUUAUAACCAAAGAACCACUGAAAAUGACUGUUGUCAACAAUUCCAAUAGGAAUUCGUUGGAGGUUGUUGUCAAAAUUCAUGAUGAAUCAAUAAACGACAAAAUAAUCAAAUAUAUAGGCAUGAAAGCCCUCUCCAGAGAACAAAAUAAGUGGAACCCUACGGCAAGCAACUUCUUUGCUGAAACUAACAGACUGGAUAAUUUUAAUGACAAAAAGUUGAUGGCAACCUCUGGAUGCAUUCCCAUGGACGAGGAGACAAUUUGUAGCUUUUACAGAGAGACUGGUCGUUGUCCGAAGUUAGGAUGUCGACAAAUACAUAAAUUCAUGGGUAAAGAUGUAUCUGCAGUUGUCAACACUGAAACUUACACACGACGAAAAUUGCCAGGGGAGGGACGCAUUAUAAAGAUCAACGUCCUACAAAACGGAUGUCUAUCACCUACACGGUUCUAUGGGCAUUGGGAGUUUAUCAAUGAUGAUGAAAAGAACCGGAAAAUUGUUCGUAGAUCAUAUGUCACGUAUAUGCAAAUAGACUACGAAUCUGUUGAGUAUUCUGGUGGUGAAGAUGAUGAAGGUGAAUCUUGUAAAGAAACGUUGCACACAUUAAUGACAGCAUUGAAUGAGCCGUACAACAUUCGCCACUACCAGCAUCUCAACGUAUUUCCACUGAUUGGUGAAUUGGUGAUUGCAAAAAAAAAUUUCAAAGAUGGAAGAUUUAUUUGGUUACGAGCCAAAGUGCGUGACGUACAACGGUUUGGCGAAAAAUCGUGUGAUGUAUUCCUAAUUGAUUUCGGGGAGACAAAUAGAAUUCCUCUCAGUGAUUUGCGUCGUAUGGAACCCAGAUUUCUACAUCUUCCUCCACAGGCUACUCAAUUUUGUAUAGCAGGAGUAGAAGAGUUAAAGGAGCAAUGGGGACCUAAUGAGCCACCGUCAUCAAUUAUUUCCCAAUGGGAACACAGAAUUAUUUUUGGAACAGUUACAAAAAGAAAUGAUGACUAUGUGGAGGUUGAUUUGAAGGAUGAAAACGGUCAGAGUAUUCGUCAUAAACUUCACCAAACUGGGAAGUACCGUCUAGUAGCUAUCGACGUCGACAGUCAAAAGACAUUGUGAUGUUCAUGAACAUGGGACGUUGUCACAGCAUUGCGUUCACAUUGCAGGCUGAUACACAGGCAGUCUAGUCAUAAAUAAACAUGAUCUAAUAAAUUCUAUUUUAUUAGGCUCAAAUGUAAAAGAAAAUGUGUGGGAGGAAAUGAAAAUGUAAAACAAAAUGUUUUGGCUUUUAAAUGGCAAUAUGUUACUGCUGGCAAGCAGCUGAAG